UUGGGUUGUUGUUUGUCUUUUCGUUUCAAUGUUUCAUUCUAUGUCAUUCCGUUGAAGACUCUUUGGUUGGUUGCACGUUCAGAUUAAUUCCAUAUAGAACACCGACAAUUCAGAUGAUUAUUUUACUAAUGUUGAUGAAAUUAAAAUUACAAUCCAAGCAAUAAUUUAUAACUUUCAAGCUAGAUUGUGACGAUUGUGUUAGUGCUAACUCAUAACUUGUUAGGCAUACACGGUCUGAUUUCUGAAGAAGAAAUUCUCUAAUUUUUUCUAGGCGUACCCCUAGACCACCUAUUAUAGGUUCUAAGGAAUUAUCGGAACUAUUAUCUACUUAAGAUAUUGCUUGUGUCGCUUAGGCCUAUCUAUGGAAUAUUUGUAAGAAGAAAGGAAAAUGAGUUGUGCCAGUGAAUAUUGAAUCGUCGAAGUUAAAAACAACAAACAUGGCUCCUGUACCUCUCGAAGGACAUCAAACGCCAGUUGGCAACAAUGUCCCCCAAGAAGGAGCUAGGGGAGGCUCUAUAUCUCUUGGAGUUCUCAUAGACUUCAUCGUUCAAAGGACCUAUCACGAGCUGACAGUUCUUGCUGAAUUGUUACCUCGCAAGACGGAUAUUGAGAGAAAGAUAGAAAUUUACACAUUCUCUGCUCGAACUAGACAGUUGUUUGUCAGACUGCUAGCUCUUGUAAAAUGGGCCAACAGCGCUUCAAAGGUCGACAAAUCUGCUCACAUCAUGGCGUUCCUAGACAAACAGUCCAUGCUGUUUGUGGACACGGCCGAUCAGCUGGCCCGUAUGGCUCGGGACACGUUGGUCCAGGCCAGACUACCCAACUUCCACAUCCCUGCGGCAGUCGAGGUUCUCACCACUGGGACCUUCUCACGACUACCCUUGUGCAUAAGGGAGAGGAUCGUGCCACCUGAUCCUAUCACUCCUGGAGAACGCAGAGCCACUCUCAACAGACUGAACCAGGUUAUCCAACAUAGGCUGGUCACAGGCAACCUACAACCUCAGAUGAGGAAUCUUAAGAUUGACUCUGGGCGGGUGACGUUCCACGUAGAGCAUGAGUUUGAAGUCUCUCUCACUUUGAUGGGGGAAGGACCCAACAUUCCCUGGAGACUGCUGGACAUUGACAUUCUUGUGGAGGAUAAGGAGACAGGAGAUGGAAAGGCCCUGGUCCACCCUAUGCAAGUACAGUACGUUCACCAAGUUGUACAAGCUAGACUGGUGGACAACCCCAACUUCCUCACCGAGGUGUACAACUGUCUUCACUUCUUCUGUCAGUCUCUGCAGCUGGAGGUAUUGUACUCCCAGACUCUGAGGUUAUGCAGAGACCGACUGGACGGCCACAUUCAUGUAGAUGAAUACUCUCCUGGAAAAUGUCUGUCCAUAUCAUACUGGCGUGAGUUGACCUCCAAGGACCCUAGAUCAGAGCUGGGCUACAGACUGACUGUGAUGGUAGACACGCAUGAUCCUGCUCGGCCACUCUCUGUGGUCCACGUGCCUACGCUCGGCAACAAAGUGGGGCUCAGCACGGAGGAGACAGAGAUAGCUGAUAGAGCCAUCCGGUCAGAUCUUUUGUCUAUGGAGCGUCUGCUAGUUCAUACCAUUUACGUCCGCACCAAGAGCCGACUCUCUGAUCUCAAGACAGAGCUACAAACCAUGCUUAAGGAUGUGGAGUGUCAACUACAAGGUUCCCCUGCCAUACUGAGUGUACCAGUGCUGCAGCCGUGUUUGAAGGCUGAGAGUCUGCUGAUCACUGUGGACACACACACAGGCAUGUUGCAAUGCCACGUACCUCAGUACGAUCCUCCCAUCAUACCUGAGCUGCAGACUGGACUCAACACCGACCACUCGAGGAUACCUACGCUCAUCAGUGAACUCAGGUACUGGAUGACCCAGCGUAGAUGUGAGAUGACUCUACAACAUCUGCCAGCCACCCCAUAUGAGAGACUGCCUCUACUGUUCCAUCCAGACCAUCCCCUCAACAAACUCUCCCGUCACAGGAUGUUUGUCAAGCUCCACAAACAUCCCAACGUCAUUCUGGUUGUCGAGAUUAAAGAGAAAGAAAGCUUACCUUGUGAAAUGGAAUGCAAUUUCUACUUGGCUGUGGUCAAACAUUCCUCGAUUGAAGAUAGCCCUCAUGAUGAUACCAUUGAGACGGAGAUCCCCAAAAUGUACCUCAGGGUACUCACACUUAUAGAGUUUGAUACGUUUGUGACGACUCACGGGCCUUUCACGUCAGUUGAUGAACAACAGAAUGAGAAGUGUGGGUCGAAGCGCAAACAAGGAGGCCGUAAUGACCCGUCCAGUCGGCGCAGCAAGAGUCCGGCCUACUUCAUACCAGAACUGGCGCAUGUUGUGGCCCUGUGUGAUGAGAGGAUACCCUUUGUCUCUCUGGCGCAAGAGCUGACUCGGAGGGAGAUCUCUCACCAAGGUCUGCAAGUAGAGGCCAAUGCUACCGCGCUGGUGUUGAGGCUGGUACAGCUUCCCCCACCUGCGGGGCUGGCACAGUCUUCCGGGUGGUUCUCUCUACUCAAGCGGCUACUUUCAGUAUCUAUAAGGGUGCAUGGCAAGGUCAAGAGCUGGAUGGCAGAGUUUGUACUUUACGGCAGCCCUCUGGCCACCACACAUCCCAAGGAGCAAGGUAUGCGCCGGCCGGUUUACUUUCAAUAUGAGAUGGGAUCAGCUGACAAUGUUGGCAAGACUGUUGAUGCUCUACUGAACGACUGGACUCAGAUUGCUCAGCUUUACUGCUUGGUGGAUGAGUUGGCCGAGUACUUUAGAAUAGAAAAGUACAACUUGUCCAACAUGGUGACUGUCAAGUCCUACAGUUACAGCAAGCUGGUGCUGGGCUACGGACCUGAGAGAGGAGCUACUGUCACUGUACAGUGGAACAGUCAGUCACAGGCCUUCACAUUGGUCUUUGGUGGCAGCAACAGUUGUGUGAACGCCCACUCUCUUCUGAGGGAACAACUAGAGGCUCAUCUCAACAGACACCGCAACCUCGCUCAGAUAGUACAUCUGCUGCAUGAGACUUACGAGCCCCUCAUAUCCAUCAGCAAACUACCCACCAUACCCCAGCUGGGCGUACACAAUUCCAGGCCGCAGGUGCCAGUGCAGACGUUCACUAUCAUGCCUCAGUCACCCACUCUGAUACGACUCACCUACCAAGGCAUGUACUGUCUGGAGCUGAGACUACGCGGAGGUGGCCUCGUCAGUCUCAGGGAUGCUGCGUACAGCCGCUUUGACCGCACCAACGUUGUCAGUGACUUCUCCCCCACACCUGGCCUCAAGGCAUUCCUGUCCAAGUACGUGGAUGAGAGUGCAGUGUUCCGCAGAAGGUCCCAGUCAGAAGAUGACAACCCACCUUCACCAGUCCCAAUGGACCCGGGUGAGGGGGGUGGCUUUCUGGGGGGACACAGACAACCUCAGUCCCCCAACACUAGGGAGGGAGGGCUGCGCUUCCAUCCCCCUCUCACACCCCCUUCUGGCAGCAACCCGCACACUCCAGCCAGUCCACAUACCACCAAUAUAUCACAGACACAACAGCAUCAGAGCAGUUUUGGGUCGUCGCCGGCUACAUCGUUCAACCUAGCGUCUCCGCCUAACAUCCAGCCGUCACCCUCCAUGUUGCCUCAUCCCUCUCCCGGGUCCGGCCUAACCACCCUCCACUCUCCCUCCAACCCACUCCAUGUUCCCUCCCCCAUGCCUAUCUCCUCCCCUGGCCCUGCCAUCAGUGCCGUGGGACACUCACCUGCCGGCUCCUUCAUGGGACAGGCUGGUCACACAGAUGGCAGCCCGUUCCCAUCAUCACAGUCGCCUGCUGCCUCUAACUGGCCUGGUAGCCCUGGUAUGCCUCGCCCCUCCCCAGCACGCCCCUCGCCCCAUCCUGCCUUGCACAGCCCUGAUCACAAAUCUGGAGUGUCGGCAGGUGCAGGUGCCAGAGUGUUGCCUCAGAGGUCGUGGGCUGGUGCUGUGCCUACACUGUUGACCCAUGAGGCUCUAGACCUCCUGUGUACACCCUCGCCUCACCCAGGUGGACUACACAGUCCAGAGCUGGCACCACUGGAGCGCUUCCUCGGAUGUGUCUACAUGCGACGUCAGUUGCAGAGGUUCAUACAGUCUGACGAAUGUCCGCAGUUGUCCCAAGUGACCACUACAGAGCCAGGUGUGGUGCAUUUCAAGGUAGACACUCUACAGUGUAGAGUGGGCCUCAACACACAACAUCUGCAAUCUCUGCACAUCAAGAUCACCACAGCACCGGAACACAAGGACUCCUGGUCACAGGAGGAGCUGCAAAUACUGGAGAAGUUUUUUGACAUGAGAGCGAGUGCGCCACCAUACAAGCCCAACGCUCUUUGUUGCUUUGGACGAAUGCUCAGCGUGCAGUUCAACGUUCUCAAGGACUUUGUGCAGAUCAUGAAACUUGAACUGGUUCCUGGGCUGGCCCAACAGCAGGGACUCAAGUGGGGAGUCCAGUGGUGCCUAAGGAUCCCUCCCUCCGCUCCCCCUAUAGUUCCUGCAGGACAGGCUGGUGUACUCGUCUGCCGAACUAAAUUCCUCCUGUUUCUGCAGAUAACCAGACUGGGCUACAUGGACCCGCCAACGCUAGUUCUGCCUCUGGUGUACGACACCAGCACUAACCUGACCCAGCUGGCAGAGAAGAGAGACCCGGGCCCCGCGGCAGGUCUAGCGGCAGCCAACGCUCAACUCAAGCGGUUUGUCGAGUGUACAGCGGCCAUGCGCGAGUGCUCGCUGUUCCCUGCUGUUCAAGAUUUACUGGCCAACCUAGUGCUUCCCUCGGAACCACCUCAGGUGGUUUCUUCGCCCGUGGGCCCCAGUCCUGGAGUGAUGGGCCCCCAGGGUCAGAUGAUGGGGGCCCCAGGCCCUGCAUAUCCCACCAGCAUGCAGUCUGUCCCCAUGGGCAUGCAACAUCCCAUGAUGGGGCCUCAAUGAUAUCCCCCUCUCUCUUUAUCCCACGGCAUGUUGGGAUAGGAGUCUCGGUCUGUGAUGCUACAUGUUAAAGACUGUACGAGCCACUUUUACAGUGAACUCAGCCGCAAGUUUGUAAACAAAACUAUUUUCUGUGUAGGCCUAUAGUUAUGUGGAUAUCAUCACACCAGCACAAGACACAUUUUAAUUGUGAUUUCACAGUGACGAAUCUCAGACAUAUAAUGACAACAAAAAUACUGAAGGAGUGUCAAUUUAUCACACAACCUUUUUGAUAGCUUUUCAAAAGGUAAAGCUGAAGAGGAGAGUGAAUGUACAUUUCAAUUUUUAAGUGUUACAUACUGUAAUAGUAUUCUACCCGUUGUAAUAUUUAAUGUUUUUAAUGUAUGUAUUAAAUAGAAUUAUAAUGUAUCAUACAACUAAUGGCUCAACACUCAAUACUAAAAUACUACAUCAUAUUAAAAUAAUGAACAUUAGAUUAGAUCUAACUGUUGUAGAUGUUCUAAAAAGAGAAAAAUAUUGUAAAUAAUUAAACAUAUAAGUGUUGUUUCAAGUGUAUGUUCAAAGACUUUCAUGAUUUAUUUAUUUAUAGUUUUCAAACAGAUUGUCAAACUAUGGUUGUGUUAUAAUUUGGUAGAGUUAGGUAAAUUAUGUAAGUUAACUUUAAGUGGAAAUAAAUGGUAUUAACUGUUA